ACACACUCUCUUCCCUGUUCUCUUUUGUUUCUCUCUGAAUUGAAUCACCACCACCACCAUCCUCAUACCACCUCCGUCCUCCCUCCCACCACUGCGGUCACCAACCUCCGACCUCCAUCCAACACCACACCCGUCCAAUCUCUCUCUCCCUCUCUCUGAACUCUCGCCGUCAUCCAGAACUCCGCACCACCACAUCCUCCCACCGUCACAACAACCACCAUUCUCAUCAGUCAUCAUCCUCCAUCGUCGUCACCACCAUCGGUCGGAAGUUAAUCGAAGAGGGAUCAGAGGUUGAGUACGGUUGUGUGACAGAGAGAGAUUGAAGGUUGAAGAAGAAAGAGAGUGAGGGUUGCAGACUUGAAGUACAGGGGAAGAAAGAGGGAAAGAAAAAAAAAAUGAAAAUACGGUAUAAUAUAUGAAAAUACUCUACAAUGAAAUCCUUAAGAAUCUUCAAAAACACUCUCUAUUCAACUCCUUCACCCAAAAUCACCACCACCGUCUUCCGCGCUUUCUUCUCCGCCGAACCCCUCACACCGGAACCCGAACAUUCAGACGCAACCUUCGAUAGUUCUCACUACGAAAUCCCAAUCCUUAAUAACAACGACGAAAAGCCGAAGGUGACGUGGAAUAAGAAAUAUCGAGACCGAACGGAUAAACUGGUGUUCGGCGAUGAGCCGAAGGGGAGAAUAAAGUUUAAGGAGGAAGAGGAGGAGAGGAAAACAAAGGCGCUUGAGAAGGCUUUGUUGGAAGCUGCAUUGAGUAAACCCGAGGAGGAGGAAGAAGAUGAAGAUGUCGGUGUUGUGAAUGAGGAGGAUCAGAAGUCUUUGUCUGUUGGGAUUAUUGGUGCUCCUAAUGCUGGAAAAUCUUCUCUCACUAACUACAUGGUUGGAACAAAGGUGGCGGCUGUUUCACGUAAGACAAACACCACAACUCAUGAAGUUGUGGGCGUGUUGACUAAAGGAGACACCCAAAUUUGUUUUUUUGAUACGCCAGGGCUCGUGCUAAAUUGUAGCGGAUUCCCUUAUAAGGAUGCCAAAGCUCGUGUUGAAAGUGCUUGGAGUUCAGUCAAUCUCUAUGAAGUGCUCAUAGUCAUUUUUGAUGUCCAUAGACAUAUUACUAGGCCUGAUUCAAGAGUUGUAAAACUGAUCAAGCGAAUGGGAGAACGGUCCAUUCCAAAUCAAAAGCGAGUUUUGUGUAUGAAUAAGAUUGAUUUAGUAGAGAAAAAGAAAGACUUAACGAAGGUUGCAGAAGAAUUCGAAAAUCUUCCUGGAUUUGAAAGGCGUUUCAUGAUAUCUGGAAUGAAGGGGGCUGGCGUAAAAGAUUUGACUCAGUUCUUGAUGGAGCAGGCAGUAGAACGGCCCUGGGAAGAAGAUCCUUUUACCAUGACCGAGGAAGUUAUGAAAAUGAUAUCAUUAGAAGUUGUGCGUGAAAGGUUGUUGGACCAUGUACAUCAGGAAAUUCCAUAUGAUAUUGAACAUAGGUUGAUUGACUGGAAAGAGUUGCGAGAUGGUUCUCUUAGGAUUGAACAACACUUUCUCACUAACAAAUUAGGCCAACUCAAGAUUCUUGUGGGGAAGCGUGGCUCAAAAAUUGGGAGAAUAGGAAUAGAAGCUAAUGAAGAGCUAAGGACCAUUUUCAAAAAGCAAGUGCAUCUAGUUCUUCAGGUUAAGCUCAAAUGAUUAACGAGGCGAAUAUCUUUGGCAUUCAGAAGAUACCUUUUUUGCCACACACCAUGUUAUGCAUGUAAAAUGCCAAAGGGGUGUGUGAAUUACACUGACCUUUGAAGUCGUCGAAGCUUCCAUAACCUUGCUUGAGAACAGGGUCAUCAUAGAUAAAAUAAGUGCUCUGGAAGAAACAAGUGAUCUCACGCCGGCAAUUUGUUAUGCCUUUUAGUAUUUGAUUGCUGAAGUUUAAGAACUCAAAUUUGUUUAAAGUUUAUGGUUGUUUAUGAAAAUUGAAAGGAAAUUUCAGUUUUUUUUGUUCAUUCAAAUUUAUUGACUUAUGUUUUAUACAAAACACAACUAGGGCAUUUGGUUGUAUGAAAAUGGUGAGAUACGAGUUUGGUUAUUGUGCAA